AUGAAAGUGAUACUUCUGGAUAAAAACAGAGCACUGGUAUCGGCUUGGAAGAAGACGUUGGAUGGCUUUAAGCAUGUUAGCUUCCAUAUUGGCACUUUGGAGGAUUUACCUCAGAAAGUGCUUGGUACCAACGCUGCCGUCGUUUCACCUGGCAACUCUUUCGGGUUUUUGGGCGGAGGAUUUGAUCUCGCAAUCCAGUCAUUCUUUGGAGGGAAACAAUUCGAGAAGUUCUUUAGAAAAAGGAUUGGUGAAUUCUAUAAACCUGUAGGAGAAACUACGAUUGUGGAUUUGGACCAUUGGGCCCGCAAUGGAAUCCGAUAUAUAGUGCAUAUUCCCACGGUAGUGGCGCCGACGCGGAAAGUAUUUGACACGGAGCAUCCCGUAGAAACUGGUUACCAACUAGUGUUCAAUGCCAUGUGGAGUGCACUCGUUCGUGCGCCCAAGAACGUCGAGACUUUGAUUGUUCCAGGGCUAGGAACAGGAUACCUUGGAAUUCCUAAGGCAGUGUGCAGCAAAGCUAUGGCUUUUGCGCUAAAUUUGUUUUUUGCAAACGAAACCAUGUCUGUGGAGCUCAGAAAUGUGCUUAUAAUGCACUUCUUAGGCUUUCGUUAUGAGGGGUUUUUCCCCGCAGAUUACAAAGAGGAAUGCGCCAAACUUGGGAUUGAACUUGACAAGCUGAAACAUUUUAAUGUUUGCAAGCAUCCGAUCGCUCACCUGCUGCCAAAUGAACACCUUGCUGCUCAAGAGGGCGAUACUUCCGAACCAAUACAUAAGCCAGUAUGA